AUGCCACCUUUGUCUGCGUUCCCGCUGCCUCUGCAACCCUUCGACGCUCCCCUUGGGUUUGGCUGGCUAGAACGUGAAUUCUCUACGCUUUCCACUUCCACUGCUUUCGAUACCGGACUAAAUGAGCGUGACAUCUUCUCUGGAAAAAACCGCUGCGUCGUUUGCGGGUACGGUCUCUAUCUUGAGCAUUGUCACAUCAUCCCACAGUCAAAACCAGAGCUGUGGGCAGAGCUUAAAGCCCGCCGUUGGCUUCCUGAGCAGGCCAAACAUCGUGUCCAGCACGAGCCCCGAAAUGGAAUCCUGAUGUGCCCAAACCACCAUAAAAUGUUUGAUUCCCUUGAUGCCUUUAUACGCUUUGACCCUCAGACACGCAAGUUCAUCUUCAUCAACCACUCAAACAGACACGAAGCUCAGGAGCACCAUGGCAAAGCGAUUGCCCUCGAUAUUCAACAUCGCCAUGUGCCAUUUCCGAGCGCAUUCAUCAUCCACGAAGUGCGCGUCCGCGCGGCCUGGCCCUUCCAACCCGAUCCCCACGUUCCUGAUGAAAUUAACUGGCAAGAUUGGAUCACGUCAGAUGGUGUGGUAGACGCAACCGGCAAAUUUAGACAUGAUCCUGAACCCGAUAAGCAUGACGUGCCAUUGCCCUCACCAUCAUCGCCAGUCGAGACACAGGUUCCGUCUCUGGAAGCUGCUGGUACGGGGACAUCCGGAUGGAGACGCCUUGCCCCAGUUGACGAUGAUCUCAUCGCGAAGAUACUCGCAUUUCAGCAUACAAUGCCGUCGUGGAAGGCCUGCGUGAUAGAGGGCACGAGUUGGGAUGGUACAGCAGAGGAAAAUAUGCAGAAGUAUGUGUCGAUCGUCGGUUUAGGAGACAGUGUCUCCGAGACUACGGACGCCCAAGCUCACGAUGCUGGGUCCUUGUGA